AAAUCAAGAAAAAAAACAUCUCAAUCCAAAAUCCCACAAAAAUUCUCAAAAAAUGUUCAUCAAAUUUGCAAUUCUAUUUGUAUUUGUACCAUUUGUAGUUGCAAUUGAUCAUGUAAGUACAAGUACACCACAAGAACCGAUUCUUGAAUUGUACAUGCACGAUAUCUUGGGAGGAAAUAAUCCAACAGCUCGGCCAAUAACCGGUUUAUUAGGCAAUAUUUAUAGUGGACAAAUACCAUUUGCUACACCACUUGGAUUUCAACCUCCAAAAGAUGGUGUUGUAAUUCCAAAUGCUAAUGGUGCAAUGCCAACAUUCAAUAUCAAUGGUGUUCCAUUAGGGACAGGUCUAGCAGGCACAAUAUUUGCUGGAGGAAAUAAUAAUAAUAAUGGACAAAAUGUGAAUACUCAAUUAGGCCCUGAUGGUCUAGGGCUGGGGUUCGGGACGAUCACGGUUAUCGAUGACUUCUUGACCUCGUCUCCUGAAUUAGGUACACAAAAUCUUGGAAAAGCACAAGGAGUAUAUGUAGCAAGUUCAGCAGAUGGAAGUACUCAAAUGAUGGCAUUUACAGCUAUGUUUGAAGGAGGUGAAUUUGGUGAUAGUCUUAAUUUCUUUGGAGUUUUUAGAAUUGGAAGUACAAUGUCAAGAAUUUCAGUAACAGGAGGAACUGGUAAAUUUAAAAACGCGUGUGGAUUCGCGGAAAUACGUUCACUUAUACCAGCUGGUCAACAUGUUACUGAUGGUGCAGAGACAUUGUUGAGGAUUGUUGUUCAUCUUACUUACUGAAUUUGCUUUAAUUUGAUGUAAUUUUGUUUGUGUGGAUUCUGUUUUAUUUGAUGACUAUGAAUAUUAUAGCUUUGGUUUUGUGUUA